UGCAAAUAAAUACAGCUACUAUCUGACUUAUCUCACAACCUCUGCUUACUUAGCAGCUCUUCUGUGAGACUAUAUCUACUCCUAAUACUACUGCCCUGAGUAAGUCACCAUGGUUCAGUCUAAGUCAUGGGUUAUGGUCAAGCAUUUCGAUGGCUUCCCAAAGGACAGCGACUUCCAGCUCAAGGUGGAGGAGCUGCCUGAGCCUAAAAACGGAGAGGUGCUGAUAGAAGCAGUAUUUCUCAGUGUGGAUCCAUACAUGAGACCUUUCAGCAAACUCUACAUGAAGGAAGGGGAUGUUAUGAUUGGAACUCAAGUGGCAAAGGUGAUCCAAAGUAAAAACUCGGCAUUUCCUGUGGGAAGUCACGUUGUGAGUAGCUGUGGUUGGAAAACUCACGCCAUCAGUGAUGGGAAGGACCUCACUCUCCUCAUGGCUGACUGGCCCAAGAACGUGCCAAUGUCGCUGGCUGUGGGUGCCAUCGGCAUGCCUGGACUGACUGCUCUGUACGGCGUCGAAGCCGUUUUGAAAGCGCAAAAAGGCGAGACUCUGCUGGUGAACGCCGCAGCCGGAGCCGUGGGCACCGUGGUGGGACAGAUCGCCAAGAUCCACGGCUGCAAGGUGGUGGGUUCAGCCGGGUCAGACGCCAAAGUGGCCUACCUGAAAGAGCUGGGCUUUGACGAGGCUUUCAACUACAAAACUGUCCCUUCCCUGGAGGAGGCGCUGAAGAAGGCUGCUCCUGAAGGAUAUGACUGCUUCUUUGAAAAUGUUGGAGGUCAGUUUUCAACAUUUGCUCUGCAGCAGAUGAAGGAGUUUGGUAGAAUAGCUGUGUGCGGAGGCAUCUCCACGUACCACGACACUGCUUACCAAACAGGGCCAUACCCUCUAACCACCAUAAACUGGAAGCAGGUUAAGAUAGAAGGCUUCAUGCAAAGUAGGUGGCAGAGCGACCAUCCACAGGGGCUCAAGAAACUGAUGGGGUGGUACAAAGAGGGGAAGCUGAAGAGUCGGGAGCACGUCACCAAAGGCUUUGAAAACAUGCCAGCUGCUUUCAUGGGGAUGCUGCAGGGAGAAAACAUCGGCAAGGCUAUCGUCACUGUUUGACGCCUCACCGAGGGAGUGACCCUUUUUUACAGAACACACUCGCAGUUUGACAGAGCAAUAAUAAUUAUUUAUGAUUACCCCAGAAAUAAAAUAACCACAAACAUCAGGCUAUUUAGUCAUUAAUUAUUUUUAAAAUGUGAAAAGUCUUCUUAUAUUCUUGUGCCUUUAUGUGAGUGAAUAUUAUGUCGCUGCACUGACAUAAUAAUUAUUGAAUAUGUAUUCACUACGAGGUUUUGCAUUGAUUAAUAAAAAAAAAUUUUCCCAGCA